AUGGUUGAUCAGACUGAGACAUUAACUGGGCCAUCCUCCUCUCAGAGUGUUCCACAUCUACCUGCUACUGAAAUAGUAGAUGAUAUCACCAAGCAAGAAGAUCUAGCUAUGAACGAAGAACUUCCGCCCACCACUGAGGCGCGUGAAGACCCUCCUCCCCCAUCUCUCUUUGAGCCAUUUGCUCAGCCAACAGGUGGCCUAUUGUCUACACCUCUCGCUUCCUCACAUUCUCCAGAAGAGGGAACGAUAAUUGAGGGCGAACAAGGAGGCGCGAAUCCCCAGGCUAUUAUACAGGCCCUUGACUCCCUGUCUAAUAUCCCAGCUCAUUUGACCCUUUUAUCUAACGAGUCCAACCUUUACCACGAUCGCGAUAUGGACGAGCUAGAGGACGUCGAGGAACUCCUCGACGACCCUACUCCUUUCGUGCAAGAGUCGGCCAACGACGAUACUGAUGAUGGCUGGCAAGACGACCAGUGGAUGGAGCCCCCAGAUGGCAAUGGUAGCUUAAUCGAAAACACUGAGCUUUCUGGUUUCGAGCUCGAUAGGCUUCCACAUGACAAAGUCGGCAUGGGCCCUGGCUCCAUAUCCACCAGCUCCGAGAAGGAUGCAAACGAUGACAUUGGAGAGUUUUAUCCAUCCGAUGAUGAUGACUCGUACCGCGACUCCGAUAGCAUCUGCGGUAGUGUCUCUCCCUUACCACCCACUCAACGGGAACGGUUGAGCACCAACCAUAAUACAAAUGCCACUAAUAACAACACCAUUGGCCCUAUUACUCCGCCAGUUGAGCAGGGGGAGUUUCCUCCAAUUGAGUUGCUCCAAUUUGCCUUACCAGACCCUGGAGAUCAGUAUUUUGAUCCUAAUGGGGCUGACGCCGAUAUGGCAGACAUUUCUAUGCACACUGAGAGCCCAACCCCUGAGCAAAACCUCCUUCUGUUGACAUUUCUAAAGUCUGAGCCUGAACAUGGGCAUGACAAGCAUCCUUUACCUCCUUCAUCCUUGAUACACAUCUACUCCCAGAGUGUUUUGCCUCCAAACCACAUUGUUCCUGAUGAGAAUACUAACAAGCGCCACUCGCCAGCAUUCGAACGCAACUUGACCGUUGAACAGUUCAUCCGUCAGUGGUACCUCCGCGCUCGUAUGUCUCGGGAUCGACUCGGUAUGAAGCACAAGUACCCUGCAAUAGCCCCAGAGGCUAUGAAUGUGCAGAACUGGCAGAGACCGACCAAGAUCUCGCGCCCAGAUGACCACAAAGGUCGCUAUUUCGAUAUCCAGAACAUCCCAUGGAUGUCCAAGUUGGACGUGGACCGAGCUGCUGCUCGUGCCCUACGCGACCAGUGGUAUACUUCUUACCAUAAUUUGCGCUUCGAGCCUCAUGGUUAUGCAAUCACUCCACGCGAUACUGAGAAUUAUUUCAAAGCCAAGAACAUGUACACCAAGUUCAAAGCCACCAUGGCUCAUUUCCAGCUUCGCAACCUCAUGUCUGUGAGGGCAUCUAACGUUGUGCAGUAUGUCUACCGUAACAAGGUCUACUCGGUCACUCCAUUCUACGACGUGCAAGACACCAUCCUCGAGCUUACCGAAUCAGUCUCUUCCAACCCCGUGGCUGAACCUCUGAAAAUCUCUACCAUGAAGGCCAAGCACGGUGUCACUGUUGUUGGUGGCUUUAGCGGUGAAUAUGCAUACAAGGGCGAAAUCCAUGGUUAUGACAAGGUUGAAGGCCGUAUCACCAAGCAUCUCAAUGGAAUCACCAACCACAUUGACAUUGUUCAACACCGCACGAGCCACACUCCGCAGGCCAUCAUUGCCUCUAACGAUAACUCUAUCCGCAUCCUUGACUGCGAGACAAACAAGUUCAUUGGAACUCAUAGCUUUGCUCGUGCGAUCAACUGCACCGAUACCUCUCCCGACGGCCGUCUUCGUGUUAUUGUCGGCGACUCUGCUGAUUCUUGGGUUGUUGACAGUGAGACUGGCAAACCGGUUCAGCCCCUCACCGGCCACCGCGACUUUGGAUUUGCAUGCGCCUGGUCCCCUGAUAUGCUGCACAUAGCCACCAGCAACCAGGACAAGACCGUCAACAUCUGGGACGCUCGUAUGUGGAGAGUUCUCCAGACCCUUGAUUCGGAUGUUGCGGGAUACCGUUCCCUCCGUUUCUCCCCUGUUGGCGGCGGACCCCGUUCGCUGCUCAUGUGUGAGCCUGCCGACCGCCUCGUCAUCGUCAACGCUCAAAACUACCAGACCCGUCAAGUCCACGAGUUCUUUGGUGAAAUUGGCGGAGCCGACUUCACCCCUGACGGCGGCCGUAUCUGGCUCUCUAACAUGGAUUCUCGUUUUGGAGGUCUCAUGGAGUUCGACCGCAUCCAAUGGGGUCAAGAAUUCGGCAUUGGUCAUACCAGACGCGCCAAGAUCGAAGCCCGCGGUGAUGUCUACUAUCCAGACCUGCCUAAUGAAUGGCUCCCCGAAGCCGAACUGGAUGAUGAUCCACGCUGCGUCUUGAGUGCCAGCGAGCGUAGGAUCCGGUACUUGAGGCUCAUGAGUGACGCAGAAUUCUCAAGAUUCAAUAUUUAUUUGGGAUAA